AUGCCUAAGGAAGUCAAAGACAUCAAACACUUCCUACUUAUCGCUCGACGAAAAGAUGCGAGAUCUGUGAUUAUCAAACGGAAUUCUGAACGAGUGACACGUCAAGGAAAUACUAAGUUCAAAGUUCGAUGUAGUCGAUAUUUAUACACAUUGAGCGUUGGUGAUAAAGAAAAGGCCGAAAAGCUUAAACAAUCAUUGCCACCAGGUCUCAAUGUUAAAGAAAUUAAACCGAACAGCAAAAGUACUUGA